UUUUUGGUUGUGAUUUUCUAAAGAUCUUUGCUUGAUACGAAAUAAUCAAUUAUAUUGUUGUGUUGAAUUACAGGCUAGAGGUUUGAAGAAACAUUUGAAGAGGCUCAAUGCCCCGAAACAUUGGAUGUUGGAUAAACUUGGUGGUGCUUUUGCACCCAAACCAUCUUCCGGACCCCACAAAUCAAGGGAGUGCUUGCCCUUGAUUCUUAUUAUGCGUAACAGGCUGAAGUAUGCUCUCACAUACCGUGAAGUUAUAGCUAUCUUGAUGCAACGUCAUGUUCUUGUUGAUGGGAAGGUUAGGACAGAUAAGACGUAUCCUGCUGGUUUCAUGGAUGUUGUGUCUAUUCCAAAAACCAACGAGAAUUUCCGUCUGCUCUAUGAUACCAAGGGUCGAUUCCGUCUCCAUUCCGUAAGGGAUGAGGAGGCCAAGUUUAAGCUUUGCAAAGUUCGAUCUGUCCAGUUUGGGAAGAAAGGCAUUCCCUAUCUCAACACCUACGAUGGAAGGACAAUUCGCUAUCCUGACCCACUCAUCAAGGCAAAUGACACGAUCAAACUCGACCUGGAGGCAAACAAAAUCGUAGAUUUCAUCAAGUUUGAUGUCGGCAAUGUUGUGAUGGUGACCGGUGGAAGAAACAGGGGACGUGUUGGAGUGAUCAAAAAUCGUGAGAAGCAUAAAGGAAGCUUUGAGACUAUCCACAUCCAGGAUGCUCUUGGGCACGAGUUUGCUACCCGUCUGGGUAAUGUGUUCACUAUUGGAAAAGGUACAAAGCCGUGGGUGUCUCUUCCAAAGGGAAAAGGUAUUAAGUUGUCCAUCAUUGAGGAGGCGAGAAAGAGGCUUGCUGCUCAAUCAGCUACAACAGCAUAGAUAUAUUCAAAGGUUCUCUCAGACAUGUCUUGAAGUAGCAUUGUUGGACUCGACUGCUGUCCUAUGUUGAGGGAGUUACAUUUUGUUUCCAUUUAAUUACGGUUUUGACUUAAUUAUGACGUUUAAAGAGUUUUUUUUAAUUGAUUUGGAUCUUGGUUUGCUAGCAUUUGGCACUUGGAGAUAAAUCAGGACAAAAUGAUCGGGGACUUGUUUUCUACAA